UUGAGGACCAAAAGCUAUCCUCUUGCUCGUGCCAACUUCCAAGACUUCAACAGAACCAGUCCGUCGUCCAUAUCGGCGGAUGCAGAUGCACCCCGCUUGAUGAGUCCGCGGGCGGCUAUUCCUAGCAUCAUCCACCAGUUGCGUCAGAGUUUUAACACCAUGCCACCCACAACGCGAACACUUCCAUUCACCUUUCAUCGAACCCAUUUUUGAGUUAUGGAAGUGUGCGAGUCAUUACCUGAGUUUGCGGUGACUGCAUUGACGCACUUCAAGCCAUUUUGCUAACGAUACGAUCCUUGGCCGGUGGCACGACAGAACGCUUGGACCACAAUAACCACCUUCCGGGGACCUCCACUCCAACUGCAUACCUUGCAGGAAUGCAAAAAGCGUAUACGACAGCUUUGCUGCUGUCCUGCGUAUCUUUCGACCAUGUUCUGGGAUUCGGAACUAUCAAUGAGCCAGCCAUUAUCGGUCAACAUUGCGAACAUGAACGCAUAACAAGAGCCGCCUUCGCCUGCCCACCUGAUAAGGAAAUAUCAGAUGGGCGCUGCUUCGAAGAGCUGAGCCUGCACCAGCUAUCAGGCAGAUCAGAUGUCUACGUCGGUCAAGGUUCGAAUGGAGCAGUGGGCGCUCCAGACAUGCUCGACCCGGUACCGGAAGGUCCAGAGGCUCACUGCGAUAACGCCGAUUUCUUGGAUGCUCAACUUUUUGACCUGGGAGUUGAAUAUCCGGUCACGCGUCAACAAGCCACGAAACAGCUCCAGAUAUGCAUAAACCACAUGCGAGGCCGGAUCGAAGAAGGCAUCGACGCUGCUGAUAAGAUUGUUGACGGUGGUGCGAGGAUCAUUGCGCCUGAAGUGGACAUCAGCACCCUGGACUGCAGGUUCUCGUUCCCUGCAUUGCAGAUGCACGUCUUCACGCGAGCUAAGUGUUCUGCCAUAGAGGGGUUCGGGCGAGCCUUGCAUGGAAUCCAGGACUUCUAUGCACACAGCAACUGGGCCGACGACGCAGAACCGCCGUUUGGUCCCAACAACCCACCAGGACUGAAGCGCAUCGAUUCACCUGUCUUCCUGGACCUCCGCGGUGAGAACAACAUCUCCGAGCAGGUCCCACACAAUCUAUCGACAGGCUGUUUUGGCGGCCUCUUCACAGAUGGACCAGUUGGAAAGGCAGGCCACCCGCUUGAGCCAGGUUCUAUUGAUUGCACUGGACGCAUCACUCACCACACCCUGAACAAAGACAACGGCUUGAUCGACCAGGUCACUGGAAAUGUCAGCACCCCAGGUCCAAAUACCCCACGCAGCGACUUUCCUGGGAACUUCCAGCGCGCUGUCUCCGCUGCUAUCAAGGACUCCCGCCGUCAGUGGCGCCACUUUAGGGAGGCGAUCAGGCGAACAUACGGUACCGAGCGCGGCAACAUCAUGAUAUGCGCUUUAGUACGCGACAAGCCUGCCAACGACUGCUAUGGACGCCGUGUUGCUAUCUUGCGGGAUGUUAUGAAGACCGCGAACAGAAUAGCUGAGAUGCAGAUUCCCAUUCACAAGUGGCUGCUGGAAGAGCUCGCAGACAAGCCGCACGAUGAAGGUCCGGGAGAGGGCGUGACCGAACAGAACUCGACAAAAAGCAGAGGUUCAAGUGACGAUCUGUACAGACUGCACCCAGACGAUCUCGACAUAGACUGCGAUACCAACACUAGCCUCGACAUAGGAGUAGCCAUGAGUGAGCUCGUCCACCACUCCACUCCACUACCUAACAACAAGACUGCUGUCGUAGCUUUGACAUGCGCAAGCAACUCCGACCUUGCCGAGCAAAUCGCCCACGUCUGGCACGCAGGCGACCAAGGCAUCCGCAUGCACUUCGGUAUCCUGCCCAAGAAAGACCAGAUCCUCUACGGCCCCAAGCCGCGUCACCAAACAGCUCUAACCGGCAAAGUCAGAGAAGAAGAUCUCAUUACCGCAGUCCUGCGAACCGGCGGUACCUACAGCAUUCUGCAUAACCGCGAAGCUAUACCGCGCUUCAUCGACCACGUCAUAUCCCGCGGCCUCACACAGUACGACAACGCGCGCGACACCGCCAUUCUCCUCCCCGUCGGCCUCUCAAUUAGCGACUACGUGACUCCUGAAUCGGAACCGCGGCGCUUCUCGUUCGACGCAAGCUACACUAACAACGCCGUCAUUGCAGUUGCUCCCAUGAUACCCAAGCUCGCACUGCACGUCACGGUGCGCCAUGUCAGGAAGAACACUGUGUUGAGUGAGCAGUAUAUUGGGCUGGGAGGAAAUAGCACGUUCGUGGCAGAACUGGAUAUCAACGAUGUGCCAAGGACGGAUGCGUGGUUCGAGUUGGAGGUUGCGCAUGCGAAGGGGGGUGGGUUGGUGGGGAGUGGGCUGUUUGAAGUGAGUGUUGAGACGGAGAGUGUGGAUACGGGUGCAGAGAAUAAUAGGGUGCAUAGAAGUGAGAAGGAUGAGCAUGAUGAGCUAUGAGUUCCUAUAAUACUAGAAGUUAGACAGCCCAAUGAUACCUGUUUGAGAGGACUAUCAGCA